AUGACGGAACAUUUGAUAUAUUUUGGUUUGCUUUUAUUAACUUUGAUACAAUGUGGAGGGAAAAAGAAAGGAAAAACUUUAUCAAAUUCUGAUCCAUCGAAUGUGGAAAAUGAUUCAACUUCAAAACAAUCAGCGAAAUCUCCGGGUGGUGAAGCAGCUGGUGGACCAAAAGCACCAGCUGAUAAAAAUGCGCAAGCUGCGACGCACGAUCCGAAUUAUCAAACAUUAGCAGGUGUUGAUGGAAAUUGUUUUGGCAAUAAAGGAGGUGCAGCUCCUGCUGGAGGACCAAAAGCACCUGCAGCCGGAGGAGGAAUGGCUGCAACACAUGAUCCGAAUUAUCAAACACUUGCUGGAGUUGAUGGAAAUUGUUUCGCGGAUAAAGGUGGCGCUGCAAAACCUGCUGCAGCAGCUGGGGGAAAACCACAAAUGGCAGCGACUCAUGAUCCCAAUUAUCAAACUCUGGCUGGACUAGGAAAUGAUGUAUUCAACAAACCUGCUGCUGGAGGUGCUGCAGCUCCAGCCAAACCGGCUGCACCAGCUGUUGGUGGAAAACCUGGAAUGGCUGCAACACACGAUCCGAACUAUCAAACAUUGGCUGGAUUGGGAAAUGAUGUAUUCAAAAAAUAA